CGCACGAUCGGCUUGACUUAAAUAGACCAGAAUACUUCUAACGGAACGCUAUUUUAAAUGCUUGAAUAACAUUUUUGUAAACUUUUUUAAAAACUGUGUUGUUCAUAGUGCAAAGAACUUAGGCUUAUUUUAAGUCACAUUUAAAUACUGUAAUAAAUAAAAACAAACACUGAUUGCUAACGUAUUGGAAAUUUGAACAAUAUUUUAUUAUUAAUGCGUCUGCGCGCAACGCAUUUAAUGCACAGGCAGCCGCCGCCGCUGGCCUUGGCAGUCGCGGCUGCAUUGACUACAGAGCGGCAACAGUAGAGUGUCAACAACAACAACAACAACAACAUAAACAACAACAACAAGCAGCAGAACAACAAGAAUAACAAAAACAAUGGCUGGCGGCAGCAAUGAUACCACGCCGCUCUAUUGCGGCACGGGCACGGAUAAUUUUCAUACGAGCUACAAGAACAUGCAUGGCUAUGUCUCGCUGGUGGUCUGCAUACUGGGAACCAUAGCCAACACACUAAACAUCAUUGUGCUGACACGACGCGAGAUGCGUUCACCCACAAAUGCGAUUUUAACGGGCUUGGCUGUGGCCGAUCUGGCUGUGAUGUUAGAAUAUAUACCGUAUACGGUGCACGAUUACAUACUGAAGGAUAGUCUGCCCAGGGAGCAGAAGCUGAGUUAUGGUUGGGCCUGCUUCAUCAAGUUCCAUUCGAUCUUUGCACAGGUGCUGCACACCAUCUCGAUCUGGCUAACAGUUACGCUGGCUGUCUGGCGGUACAUUGCAGUGGGCCAUCCGCAAAAGAAUCGCGUGUGGUGCGGCAUGCGCACCACCAUAAUAACCAUAACAACAGCCUAUGUGGUUUGUGUGCUGGUCGUUUCACCCUCACUGUAUCUGAUCACGGCCAUAGCAGAGUUUAUGGAUCAAUUGGAUGUGGAGGGCAAUCUGAUCAGCAGCAUACCCAUGAGUCAGUAUGUGAUUGACUAUAGAAACGAAAUGCAGGCUAAAAUGUCUGUUGCUGUAAAUGCCACUCCCACUAGCCCCACAGCCAAUGUUACGCAGUGGUUGAACAUGAGCGUCUUGCCCACAACGCCAAUGCCACCAACAGCUGUGCCGCCCGCCUCUUUGGUGGUGCGCAACGUGACCGUCUAUCGACUGUACCACAGCGACCUGGCGCUGCACAAUACUUCGCUGCAGACUGCCACAUUUCUGAUCUACAGCGUGCUCAUCAAACUGAUACCCUGCAUAGCGCUGACCAUACUCUCGGUGCGGCUCAUUAUGGCACUGCUUGAGGCAAAGCGACGUCGCAAGAAGCUCACCAGCAAACCGGCGGCCAGCAACGGCACAAAGACUUUGGUCAACGGAAAGGCAGCGGAGCGACCGCGCAAGAAUAGCAAAACGCUGGAAAAAGAAAAGCAAACGGAUCGCACCACCCGCAUGCUGCUGGCGGUGCUGUUGCUGUUCCUAAUCACAGAGUUUCCGCAAGGAAUUUUGGGACUGCUGAACAGUGUGCUGGGCAAUGAAUUCCUCAUGCAGUGCUAUUUAAGACUGAGUGACCUUAUGGACGUACUGGCUUUAAUCAAUUCUAGCAUCAAUUUCAUACUCUAUUGCUCCAUGAGCAAACAAUUUCGCAGCACAUUUACGCUGCUCUUUCGACCCAAGUUCCUGGACAAAUGGCUGCCGGUGGCACAGGAUGAACUUGCUGCGUCACGGGCGGACGGACUGCAGCGCUCUGUGGUCGCAGCGGCGCCUGACAAGUGCCAGUCGACGCACAAGCUGCCACAAGUGGUGACGCUUGCCGCCACCACAACGACCAACAAUGCUACCGAGGUGACGAAUCUGUAGCACAAGCAGCAGCAGCAGAAGCAGCAGAAGCAGCAGCUUUUCUAUCCAAAACCGCCAAUAGAGCGCACAUGCAGCCAGGUGGCUGUUGCCAACACUACUGGAGGAAAUCCUUUGAAACGUUGCUUGUCAGCAGCUAAGCUGGCAGCGCUGCCCACGGCGCCAUACCAGGCCAUUGUCGUGGUUGUGGACAGCAGCAGCGGUGCCCUAGAUCAUCACCUGUGCGCGCCCAUUGUCAGUGCCAGUGCCACCAACAGUUCCACUCAUGUCGCGUAGUGUUGAGCGCACAAAAGCGGAUAGCUGCUUAUGUAAAUUUAAAAUUCAAUAAGUCUUGUUCCGUGUUUAAACGUGUUUGGUCCAAAUCUACAGUUUACGGUUGAUAAGUUAUUUUGUGGUGCGCACAAUAAACUAUUGCAUAUAUAUUAGGGCAUUUUGCAUAACGUCAACAACAACAACAACAAAAUAUAUAACAAUAAAAAAUUGAUAAUAAUGCGCAGCAUUCAUACGCACCGUUGGAUUCCCCACAGCCAUGUGUAUGUAUGACAAGCAGCAGUCCUUUACAGUUCAGAGAAUUCCCAAAAAAAAUUUGUUGUGUGCACAUGCAAGAGUACACGUAACGUCGGCCCACCCCCUCCCGCAGCCACCCCGUGCAGCUGCUGUCAACUGCAAAUCAAAUAGGAUGACAAAGCGCACAUAAUGCGCUUAUGUUAGUAUUGGAUUUUCAUUUACAUGGCCCAAAAAAUAGCUGCAAGAGUUGUGCGCGUUAUUUUUUUUCCAUAGCAACUAUUCAAUGUUGUCGC